AUGGGGAAGUAAGUGGCCUGUUGUGUUUGGUUUUGGCUGAAGACCAGUUCCAGAAGUCCGGGGCAGACAGGCUCAGCCAGGAGGUUCGAAGUGGAUUCUGUUACUUUCGGAAGGGGCAGAGCCAAAUUUGCUGGUAGGUUGAUGUGAAUGCAACAAAAACACGAGUCAAAGAUGACUUCACCUGCAGUUUCCUGUGCUUGAGUUCUGAUGAGCUCAAGCUUUAUGAAGAUGAGUGCUUGGAGCAGGGAGGUGGCUUGCAGGGAUACAGAGGAGCUGGCAUAUUUGGGACAUGUACCCUGUUCUCCAUUAGCCAUGGUUGUCCAUAGUAAGAGCCAUGGGCUCUGGUAUAGGUAGUCAUCUCUGAACACCGUGGGCGUUGAUGCCCCCAAAGCUUGUACUGUUGCCUGCACUUCUUGGGGUACUGGACUUGGACUUGGAAGUGACCCAUGUCCCUGAAGAAUAGGGCCAUGCUUGCAGGUCCACAUGAGCAGUUUCCUGAACUGCAAAGGGAAGUUUGUCCCCCUCCCUGCGGAGCAGUUGAUGUUUUCUUUCUGCAAAGCCAAACCAGUAGGAUCUGCCCCAGCUUGUGCUGUCUGAGACACCAAGUGCUUAUUUCCCUGGGCUCUUGGUCUUGGCAAGGGGGGAAAGGAGACUUACAGGGUCCCAACCACUCAGGGUGAGGCCUGCUGCCUGCCUAGUCUGGGAUUGCAACACUUGCCCUCUUGGCUGAGUUAAUUAUUAUUGAGCUCUUUGUCAUAUCCUCUGGUAACAAAGAUUUCCACUUGAGUUCAAGGGUUUCGGGGAGUGGAGAAAAGGAGACCACAGGUGGGAAACUUCAAAACACUGAAGUGUCAUCAGGGCCACUUUCCUGCAGGGGACUGGAUGGGGUCCCUUUGUGUUCUGUGGGGUGGGCAAAGGGAGUCUGUUUGCACUUGUCUUUGGAUUGCUGAACUAGGCCAGAUUUCAUUGCUAUGCUUACAGCAGAAAAGACAGUUUAUUGGAGUCUCAGUUAAGCAUCUAAACACCUUGCUGCAUAUUGGUUAAUUUCAGUCCUCCUCCCCACCCCUAAACAUGUGCUAAUUAGAAGCCAGGAGUCAGACAGGCCCAGUUGAAUCCAUAGAAGCCUGCAUUUUUCCCUUGAGGUUUCUUCUGCCAGGAUUUUGGGCAUAGCCUACCAGUGGCAGAGGACUUCUGUGGGAGAGACUAAUGAUGUUGGGAUAGGUAAAAGAUCUCCUUUGCAUUGCAACUUGAAGGCAGGAGUGUUCCCAAAUGAUGCCCGUGUGGCUCUCCAGGGCCAGCCCAGGAACUGAGUGACUUCCUAGGUCUCCUGAAAGUCCUGCUGGCCCAAGCUGGGGAAAGAGUGCUCUAAGCACCACGCCAGUAAACUGGACCUAUUUCUGUUCCAUGUGGGGUUCUCAGUCCAGGGCCAGGAGCCAGCUGGGGCCUGCUGGGGCACUGGUGGGAGGCUGCUAUGACUCUUACAAAGCUGUGCCUCAGCCUUCCCUCCAGCACUUGUGGCCAGGGUUGUUUCCCUCCCCUCCAGGCCUGCAUUCCAGCUCAGGAGGGUGGGGCUCAGCUGGGCUGUGACUCACAGGCAGUUACCUGUCCUUGGCUGCCUGCCAACCCUCUGUUCCUCUGUUCAUUCCUGUCAAACUGCCCUAGGCGGCGGUGAGUUUGAGCCCCUUCCUGAUCCAUGUAAGAAUCCUUCAAAUUUCCCGAGAAUCCAGGAUCUUCCUUUUUUUUUUUUUUCUCUUGUAGAGGUAUCUGGUACUUUCCAGACUCGUGAACAUUUGGGUCUUUCACUGUCUGGACCAGUGGCAUAGGUGGGGUGUCAACCCUGUGUCCAGGCUCUAGCCUUUGUGCCUCUGCUUGCUUUUCUGUCCCUGGUGGUCCCGGGACACAUGAGGGAAGCUGACCCCUCCCGGCCUUCUUGAGACAAUGCUAGGUGCAGUGCCAGCACGGCCCCUGUAUCCUGCUCUCUAGUUUUCAAUAAGAUUUGCCUGGUGUUUCUGUCUGCAGUGGCCCACUAUAGCCCUCAAGGCACCUACAGGGCAGGUAGACAUUGUGGAGCUUGCUUCAUGGCCUCUGGGACUGACCCACUUGCCCAGUCCUGUCCUGGGGUGGGGUGCAGUGACGGUGGAUGGGCGUGACAGCUUCCAGACUGAGGCCCGCCUGCUGUGGGGUUACACCCAGCCAGGGAGUCUCCAGAGGUGAGGCUGUUGUUUAAAACCUCUGAGCCAAGAGAGAAGACCCCUACUUUUCAAGGGAGCUCUCUGAGACGCCAUUGGAGAAGUAACAGCAGCAGCACCCAGCAAGGUGAAGGUCCCCUGUGGGGAUCACCCCAUUUGCUGAUGAUGAGGGCAGUCCUUCUCCUGUUUUUCGCCUUGCCUGGCUUCCUGCAUGCCCAAAAUGCCUGCUCCCGUGGGGCCUGCUACCCACCGGUUGGAGACUUGUUGAUUGGGAGAACCCAGUUCCUCCAAGCUUCAUCCACCUGUGGACUGACCAAGCCUGAGACUUACUGCACCCAGUAUGGAGAGUGGCAGAUGAAAUGCUGCAAGUGUGACUCCCGGCUGCCUCACAAUUACAACAGCCACCGAGUGGAGAACGUGGCUUCCUCCUCAGGCCCCACACGCUGGUGGCAGUCGCAGAAUGAUGUGAGCCCUGUCUCUUUGCAGCUGGACCUGGACAGGAGAUUUCAGCUUCAGGGCAUCACAAUGGAUUUUAAGGGGCCUGUGCCUGCUGGCAUGCUGAUUGAGCGCUCGUCAGACUUUGGCAGGACCUGGCGGGUGUACCAGUACCUGGCUGAUGACUGCACCUCUACCUUCCCUCGGGUCCACCAGGGCCAGCCCAGAAACUGGCAGGAUGCACGAUGCCAGGCCCUGCCCCAGAGGACUAAUGGGCACCUAAAUGGUGGGAAGGUCCAGCUUAACCUUAUGGAUUUAGCAUCUGGGAUUCCAGCGACUCGAAGUCAAAAAAUUCAAGAGCUGGGAGACAUCACCAACUUGAGAGUCAACUUCACCAAGCUGGCCCCGGUGCCCCGGAAAGGCCGCUAUCCCCCCAGCACCUACAUCGCUGUGUCCCAGCUGCGUCUGCAGGGGACCUGCUUCUGUCACGGCCAUGCUGACCGCUGUGCCCCCAAGCCUGGAGCCACUGCAGCAGGCCCCUCCACGGUGCAGGUCCAUGAUAUCUGUGUCUGUCAGCACAACACUGCCGGCCCGCACUGUGAACGCUGUGCUCCCUUCUACAACAACCAGCCCUGGAGACCAGCGGAGGACCAGGACCCCCAUGAGUGUCAAAGGUGUGAUUGCAAUGGGCACUCGGAGACCUGCCACUUCGACCCAGCUGUGUUUGCUGCCAGCCAGGGGGCGCACGGAGGUGUGUGUGAUAAUUGCCGGGAUCACACAGAAGGCAAGAACUGUGAGCGGUGUCAGCUGCACUAUUUCCGGAACCGGCGUCCGGGUGCUCCCCUUGAGGAGACCUGCAUCCCCUGUGAAUGUGACCCUGAUGGGGCAGUGCCAGGAGCGCCGUGUGACCCUGUGACGGGGCAGUGUGUGUGCAAGGAGCAUGUGCAGGGGGAGCGCUGUGACCUAUGCAAGCCGGGCUUCACUGGACUCACUCACACCAACCCGCAGGGCUGCCACCGAUGUGACUGCAGCAUUUUGGGGGCCCGGCGGGACAUGCCCUGUGAUGAGGAGACGGGGCGCUGCCUGUGUCUACCCAAUGUGGUGGGCCCCAGGUGUGAUCAGUGUGCUCCCAACCACUGGAAGCUGGCCAGUGGCCAGGGCUGCCAGCCAUGUGCCUGCGACCCUCGCACCUCCCUCAGUUCUCAAUGCAACCAGUUCACAGGGCAGUGUCCAUGCCAGGAGGGCUUUGAUGGUCUGACGUGCAAUGCUGCUGCAGCCAUCCGCCAGUGUCCUGACCAGACCCAUGGUGACAUAGCCACAGGAUGCCGAUCCUGUGACUGUGACUUUCGGGGGACGGAGAAUCCAGGCUGUGACAAGGUCUCCGGCCGUUGUCUUUGUCGCCCUGGCUUCACUGGGCGCCGCUGUGACCAGUGCCAAAGAGGCUACUGUGACAGCUACCCAGUGUGUGUGGCCUGCCACUCUUGCUUCCAGACCUACGAUUCAGGCCUUAAGGAGCAGGCUGGGCGCCUCAGCAGACUCCACAAUGCCACUGCCGGCCUGCAGUUGAGACCAGGUCUGGAGGAUGUGGGCCUGGCCUCCCGAAUCCUGGAUGCCAAGAGCAAGAUGGAGCAGAUCCAAGCAAUUCUGGGUAGCACCUCAGUCACAGAGCAGGACAUGGCCCAGGUGGCCAACAGCAUCUUCUCCAUCAGGCGGACUCUUCAGGGCCUGCAGCAGGAUGUGCCUUUAGAGGAAGAGAUUCUGUCCCUCCCUGGAGACCUAGAGGGUCUGGGCAGGAGCUUCAAUAACCUCCUCAUUACAUAUCAGAACAAGAGGACUGAGUUUGAAAAGAUAAGCAGUGCCGAUCCUGCAGGGGCCUUCCAGAUGCUGACCGAAGCCUACGAGCGGUCAUCCCAGGCUUCCCGGCAGGUUUCUGACAGCUCUCACUCACUGAGCCUGCUCAGGGACAGCCGCAAAGAAGCAGAGGGGCUGAUGAGGCAGAUGCAAGGAGGGGGAGCUGCUGGGGCCCCCGAGCUUGCAGCCCUGCGGGCAGAGAUGGCUUCCUUGCCUGACCUGACAUCCACCAUCAACAAGGUCUGUGGAGGUUCCAGGCAGGCACCCUGCACUCCUGGAGCAUGCCCUGGUGAGCUGUGCCCCCAAGACAAUGGCACAACCUGUGGCUCCCACUGCAGGGGUGCCCUCCCCAGUACUGGAGGGGCCCUCCAGAUGGCUGGACAGGUGGCCAAGCAGCUGCAGGGCUUCAGCUCCCAGCUCCAGCAGACCCGACAGAUGAUCCAGGCGGCUGAGGAAGCUGCCUUGCAAGUUCAAUCCGAUGCUCAGCGCCUGGAGACCCAGGUGAGCACCAGCCGCUCUCAGAUGGAGGACGAUGUCAGACGCACACGGCUGCUCAUCCAGCAGGUCCGGGACUUCCUCACGGAUCCUUCCACAGAUGCAGCCAUCAUUGAGGAGGUCAGCAAGGCUGUGCUGGCUCUGUGGCUGCCCACAGACUCGGCCACCGUCCUGCGGAAGAUGAAGGAAAUCCAGGCCAUCGCAACCAGGCUGCCCAACGUGGACCUGGUGCUGACCCAGACCAAGCAGGACAUUGCCCGGGCCCGAAGGCUCCAGGCUGAGGCUGAGCAGGCCAGGAUCCGUGCCCACUCCGUGGAAGGCCAGGUGGAGGAUGUGGUUGGGAACUUGAGGCAGGGUGCAGUGGCGCUGCAGGAAGCUCGGGACACCAUGAGAGGAACCGGCCGCUCCCUACGGCUGAUCCAGGACAGGGUUGCUGAGGUUCAGCAGGUCCUGGGGCCAGCGGAAGGCUUGGUGAUGCGCAUGACAGAACAGCUGGGUGGCUUCCAGGCCCGGAUGGAGGCACUCCGGCACCAGGCCCAGCAGCAGCGGGCACAGGCAGCCCAGGCCCAGCAGCUCGCGGAGGGUGCCAGCCAGAGGGCCCUGAGUGCCCAGGAGGGAUUUGAGAGAAUAAAACAAAAGUAUGCAGAGCUGAAAGACCGGUUGGGCCGGAGUCCUACCCUGGGCGAGCAGGGCAGUCGGAUUCACAGUGUGAAGACAGAAGCUGAGGAGCUGUUUGGGGAGACCAUGGAGAUGAUGGACAGGAUGCGAGACAUGGAGUCGGAGCUGCUGCGGGGCAGCCAGGCCAUCCUGUUGCGCUCGGCAGACCUGACUGGGCUGGAGAAGCGUGUGGAGCAGAUCCGUGACCACAUCAAUGGGCGUGUGCUCUACUAUGCCACCUGCAAGUGACCUCUGCUCCAGUCCCCGACCACCCUUGUCUUGGCAAGCAGAUGGGGCUGGGCUACUUUCUGACUCUAGGAGCCUGAUGCUACCUGAUGUACAGCCUGGGCCCAGGUGUGUCACCUCCGCUGCAUCUGAGCCUGCAAUGGGGGCUGCUGAGCUUGCAGGAUGGAGGUGGCAGAGGUAGACCUGUCUGCCUGGCUGAAACAUUCACAUUGAGGGGGCUGGGUGGGCAGUGUUCCCAUGCUGUGUCCUCCAGUGUAGUGGAUCCUGGACCAAUAAAAAAAUUUAACCAAAAA